AUAUAAUUUAAACUUUGUCUCACCCCAGCCAGCUACGGGGAUCCUGGGUCCAUAUACCUCUCUGUACCUGGCUGGUGAGGCAGCACACCCAUGGGGGAUGCCCCAUGGGGAGGAUGGAGGCCAAGAGAUGGGUCUGGUUUUGAUUUAUCCCAGCUCUCCAGCUUGCAGCACACACAAGCAGUUAAUGCCAGGCCACACAGAGCUGGCUGUUUACCUGGCUGGAGCAGUGCCCGGCAGAGGGAGGGACGAGGGCACGGCUCCGCACCUUGCCAGAGCAGGCAUCACUCCAAAAAUAUUUGCUGAAAAAAGUGCAGCUCCACCCCGAGGAAAACCGGGGCCAGGAGCACAGCCCGCUCUAGGUUUAGACGGAGGGUGGCAGCGAGCACGGGAAUGCGUGUGCCUUCAGGGAGCCGAGCACAUCCACCCGCUCCCCUUGCAGCCAGGCACUGCCCAGCACCUCCGCUCAGCACUGCUGUGCUCACUCGAGGGUGCCAGGCAGGGACGGGUGGCUGGGCAAGGCAACGGGCACUAAGGAUCCUGUCCGGGGGGGGAAUCCCAGCUCCGGAGCACGGGGACCCCUCGCCGCCUCAGCGGGCAGCCAUGGGCUGCUGGCGGGUCCCCAGCACACUGCUGGCCUGCCUGCUCCUCCUGCGCCCGCUGCCCUCGCCAGCCUGCCCUGACGCCUGCCGCUGCUCCUCAGGGGAGGUGGACUGCAGCAAGCAUGCCCUCCAUGAGGUGCCGCAGAACCUGCCGACCAACACCAGCACCCUGUGGCUUGGUUACAACUUCAUCACGAUGCUGAGGCCACACUCCUUUCCUUUCCUGCCGGGGCUGCUGCUGCUCAGCCUGCCUCACAAUCACCUGGGGCUGAUCCACAGCCAGGCGCUGGUGGGGCUUGGGGCGCUGCAGGAGUUGGACCUUAGCCACAACCAGUUAACCGUGCUGAGCCCUGAAACCUUCCUGCCCCUCACCAACCUGGCCAUGCUCAACCUGGGCAGCAACAGGCUGGGGGAGCUGGAGCCUGGGGUGCUGCGUGUCCUGCCUCAGCUUCAAGUCCUUUACCUGCAGGACAACCCUUGGGUGUGCAGCUGCGGCAUCCUCCCCCUCUGGCACUGGCUCAGCCGCAACAGGGAAAAAGUGCAAGAGAAGAGUUCACUCCUCUGCAGACUCCCGGAGCAGCUGAACAAGUAUCCAAUCAUGGCCUUUGGGAAUGAGUCCUUCAGGCAAUGUCAGGAGACCUCACUGUCUGCCCAGCACUACGUCAUUUUCCUGAUCAUUGGACCAUUCUCCUUCAUGGCCAGCAUCUUCUUCUGCACUUUCAUGGGUUCCAUCAUAGUGGUUUACCACAACCUGCGCAGGGAACCCCACUUCUGGAGAAGACCCCACAUCUGCAGGGGCCACUCAGGCAGAGCGACCAGGCUUUAGCCCUGGGAAGACUGUGGUCCAUGCCCUUCUCCAGCUGCCUGCAUACACCCUGAUUGCAAACAUUUUCCUGUGGACCAGUGAGAGGAUGCUCUGUUCCUGGAAAUCACUUUUCUUCCUCCUCUCAGAGUCUCCUGACAUGAUGCCAAACUCCUUCUUCCACACUGUCAGGAGGAAGAGCCUCCAGCUCAGACCUGCUGCAGGGCAUCAUCCAACUGCAUAUGAUCUCAGUGUUCCUGGAGGCUCCCUCAGGGCACCCUCAGACCUGCACAUCCCCUUACUAGGGUGGGGCAGGUGGUCCUUCUCCUCCAGGUCACCCUAUCCUGCUCCUUCUGCUGCCCAAGACCUCAGUGUGCAGCUCAGGAUGCACUGUAUGCCUCUGUGUGCUUUUUGGUGACACCCAAGUGUCUCUAUUUAUCUUUCAGUGCAGCCCAGGAGCCUCUCUGUGCCUCUGAGUUUGCCCCAAAGCCCUCCUUGGGCCUUUUGGUGCUCCCACACUCACCAUCUGACAUUCAGUGACCCCAGCUGCCUGUGUGCCUUUCUGUGCCUUCAAGAGCCAUUAGAUUUGCUUUUUGCACAUCCAAAUGUCAUCUGUUGUCUCCUGACAUGCAUUGGUUUGCCUUUCGGUGUGCCCCAGAUCUCUCUGUAUGCCUUUUGGUGCACCUGAAGAUCUCUGGAUGUUUUGGGGGCACUCCAGAUCCCCCAUGGGACUUUCAGAAAGCCCCAGACCUUUGCAUGUACUGCCCAAGGACAGGGCAAAUUACAAAAUGUUUCUUUUGAUAGGUUGUUUUUUUUUUUUUUCCUUGAGACAGGGCUGCUGGUGCUGAGAAGGCUCAGCCAAGAACCAGGAUCUAAUGUGAGGCCAAUGUUUAGGGUGAGGGUUGGAAAGAGACAAAGCUCGAACUCCCACUGAUGUGGUUUGGCAAAGGGGCUGCUGAAGGAUAGGUGAGACUGCACAGUUAUUCCUCCUCCGGUAGCUUUUCUCCCAGGUUAAAGCUCAUCCAAGGCCAAGGACUACAGUUCACUCAGUGAUGGGAAAGGGGACAAAAAGUUCCUGUGUGGCUUUACAUCACAGACCCUGCAGCCUUUGCUGCUGCCUCACCUCCCAUCACCCACAAAAAGGGGCUGGGGCUGCCUCUGCACCUCCCUGCCCUGAGCCUCCUGCCCUUCCCCGUGGAAAUGCUUCUCCAUUGCAUUGCAUGGAAAUGCUUAGCCAGCUUAUUGGGAGAUAGCCUGGAAGGAGCUGGAGCUGUGCUGCAGAGGAAAGCACAAGCUAGGGUGACAAAAGCAUCUCUCAAGUAGGAGCAACAUCCCUUUCUGGUAUGAAUUCUUAGCCAUUGUAAGACGAUAAGAGCCACAAUGAGAAGACUGUGGCCACCAGUCUCCUCCUGUUCGCUCAGUCUCUUGCCCGUGCAAGAGCUGUGGGCCAAGCCAGGGAUGCGGCAGGGGUCAAUGAAUCCCUUGGCAAGCUCUUGGCAAGGGUUAAAUAAGUCAUGCAGAGAAUAAACCAAAUGUCAUCUCAGUUGUAGUUUGGCUUGCUCUCUUUUUUAUAUUCAAGAGAGAAAACUACCUGGUGUGCUGCUACACUGCUCAGUCCCUCCUUGAUCCUUCCUGCAGUGCCUCUCUCCAGUGAGGGCUGCAGGGAACUGGUGAAAGCAGCAGAUUCUCCAGUGCUACCAGCCCUGCACCCGGGACAGCUGCAGGACCUCUGCCAGGAUCAGCCCCUUGCACAGUGCCUUUACCAGGAGCAAUCCCAG